AUGCUGUUUUUCUAUGGCCGAUAUAAACAGGUUAAAGAAGGUCCAUGUAAUAUACCAAAACCAGGAAUGUUACAGUUUGAAGCCAAACAAAAAUGGGAAGCUUGGAAAAGCCUAGGAAAAAUGAACAAGGAAAAAGCCAUGUUGGAAUAUAUUUCUGAAGUUGAUACUUUAUAUCCAAACUGGUUAGAUACUAUCAAGGAGAAAGGCUUGACUGACGUUUCCUCUUUUUCUCACAUUGGAGGACGUACAGUAAGCAAAAUGCAUGCCCCAGAGAAAGAUGAGAAUACAAGUUGGACAAUAUUUGAUACAUGUAAAGAAGGCAGAAUGAAAGACUUGGUACAGGCAUUGGAAAAUGGAACAGAUGUCAAUGUUUGUGAUGAAGAGGGUAUGUCACUACUCCAUUGGGCAUGUGAUAGAGGCCAUGAAGAUAUUGUGGAUAUCUUAUUAAGCAAAAAUUGUGAUGUAAAUCUUAGGGCAACAGAUGGACAAACUCCUCUUCAUUAUGCUGUCUCCUGCGAGUAUAUGUCAAUUGUCCAACGACUACUAGAACAUCAUGCUGAUCCUUCUAUCAAGUGUAAUGAAGGAGAGACUCCAGCAGACGUGACGGAUAAUCAAGCCAUUCUUCAACUGCUGCCUUCAUGCAAGGCAUCAUGA